AUGCGAUUUGCGAUCAAUGACAUGAGCAUCACCCGCCGCAACUGCGCCUGCCCAAUGUGCCUCAAAACCAACCGGACGCCGGCGUCCUGCCCCGCCGUGGCCGAUACGGCGCCGGAGAAACACGUCGCUGCCGCGCCCGACGACGGGGUGGAUCUAUUUGUGCCGCCGCUGAACUUUUCCAUGGUCGAUUACGGCGUUUUCCGGUCUGGAUUCCCCGACGUGCCUAACUUCCCGUUUUUGAAAACCCUAGGCCUCCGAUCGAUCAUAUACUUGUGUCCAGAGCCUUAUCCUGAAGCAAACGUCAAUUUCCUCAAUGAAAAUGGAAUUCGUCUUUUCCAUUUUGGUGUUGAAGGGUCUAAGGAGCCAUUUGUGAGUAUCCCGGAUGAUGUAAUCCGCCGUGCACUGGAAGUACUAUUAGAUGAAAAAAACCGCCCCCUCCUAAUUCACUGCAGACGGGGCAAGCAUCGAACUGGCUGUCUUGUCGGGUGCCUUAGGAAAUGGCAAAGUUGGUGUCUUGCUUCUAUUUUCGACGAGUAUCAAAGGUUUGCAGCCGAUAAGGCCAGAGUUUCAGACCAGAGAUUUCUGGAGUUGUUUGAUAUUUCCAGCGUGAAGCAAUUGCCGUCCUCGGGUUCAUAA